GCACAGCUGGGGAAGGAGUGUAUGUGUGUUCUAUCGCUUUUCUCCCUAGUCAAUUUAAAAUGGAAGACGAAAUCAUACAGAAAAUAUACAAGCUUACAACAGAACUAGCGUCUCAACAACAAAGUAACCAAGACCUAGCAUCUGGCUUAACAAACCAAUUGUCCGAAUUAAAGCAAAAAGCUGCCAUCAAGUAUUCAGACGAUGGACACCAUGUAUCCAUUCCUGACCCAUUGCUACCCGAACAACGAGAUGAAGUAGUCGACUCUUUAAAGACUCGAUUAGAAACUGCAUUGCAACAUCAACAAGCCACUCUCACGGCCAACCGAGAAUUAGAAAAAGAAUGCAACGAUUUACGUGGUCUUGUUAAAGAAUAUGAGUCAGGCCUUGAAGCAGUGGCUAGUAAACUUCGAACACAUGCAAAUGCUGCAACGGAAGGACAAUUAAGGCUCAGGAGAGAAUACGAGGCAUUGUUAAACGCAGAAAAGGGAACUACAACAGCUUUAUUUAUGGAGAAUACCAUGCUUCAAACACAGCUUCGACAAUUAUCAAAGACAUUACGUGAAGUUUAUCGAGACGAAAGCACGGAUAUGCAUGAUCAAGAAAUAGCACAAUUAAAGCAGGAAAAUCAGGAUUUAUUAGAACUUUUAAAAAUAUCGCGAUUGUCGGAUCCACAACGACCUGUGACCGAAACAAAUUCGCCUGUAAUCAAAAUUGCUAGGAAUGGUGUAAUCGAAGAGUUCUUUGACGAAUAACAUACACUUUCUUUUUUUUUACCAAAAUAUACAUUUAUAUACCCUCUCACACUUAAUUUUCUUCCCAAAGUAGAACCGUAAUUUCAAAUCAAUUAAAAAAAUGAACAAUAUUUUCCUUAUUGACUCGAACUGUGGGAUGUUUUCAUGGGCCAAAUUUCCAGAAUCUAUUGACGCUAAACUUUUAUUAUCAAAUGCAAUGAAAUAGCAGAAAAAAAGGGAAGCAAUAUGAUUCCAAUCUACUCAUUUUUCUAGGUGGCAUAUUUAUGUACGCGCUUUUUUUGUUUUUGUUGUUGCUUAAAUUGUUGUUUCUUUUAUUACUUUGACUUUUUGCCAAGUCAUGCCUUUUUUUAAAUAGACCAUUAUUAGUUUAUUUCAAGUAUCAUGGCGCUCCAUUUUUUUUUUUUUUUUUUUACGGGAACAUUUUUUUAGCGUGCUACUUUUUACGACUGAAAUGUUUAUGUUUGGUGA